GCUGCUGUCUGUUGCGCCGCCGCUCGCGGGAGCUGGCAGAUCCGGGUCUCGUGGCUGAGAGUGACGUGGUCAAUCGAAUCAAAACAGAGGAGGGGGAGGAAGCCGGCGGCGCCAAGAAGCAGCGGCAGCGGCAGCGGCAUCCGGAACGGCCGCAGCGUUCUGGAGGCUCCAAGCGGUCUUUCUGCCGAGCCUUGGCCCCGGUCCCUAAUCUCCCCGCCCCAUCGGUUGUUGUCUGGGCGGGUCCAAAACACAGAUAUGAGUCUCAGCUGUGUAAAAUACAGAAUGAAGUUGGUUUAUGCAUGACUGCACUCAUUGACAAGUAUUACAGAUUUAAAAAGUCAAGUUAAAUCAAGCUGAGUAAUCAUGGCAGAAGGUGGAUUCGAUCCCUGUGAAUGUGUUUGCUCUCAUGAACAUGCGAUGAGAAGGCUGAUCAAUCUGUUGAGGCAGUCCCAGUCCUACUGCACAGACACAGAAUGUCUUCAGGAAUUACCAGGACCUUCUGGUGACAAUGGCAUCAGUAUUACUAUGAUCUUGAUGGCCUGGAUGGUUAUUGCAGUGAUCUUGUUCUUACUGAGACCUCCUAAUCUAAGAGGAUCCAACCUACCUGGAAAGCCGACGAGUCCUCAUAGUGGACAAGAUCCACCAGCCCCUCCUGUGGACUAACUUUGUUAUAUGGGAAGUGAAAAUAGUUAAACACCUUGCACGACCAAAUGAACGAAGAUGACCAGAGUUCUCUUAACCCCAUUAUAACUGUUUUUCCUUUUGCAUCUACAGUAUGGGAUGGUAUUGUUUUCAUGAGCUUCUAGAAAUUUCACUUGCAAGCUUAUUUUUGCUUCCUGUGUUAUCACCAUUCCUAUUUACAGUAUAUUUGAGUAAAUGAUAUUAAAAAAAGUUACAUAGGGCUUUUUUUGGUUGUCCUAAAUGUAAAUAUUCCAUUCAUUUUAUUUGUAACUGUGAUCAUAAUUUUUGGGAUGAUUUCUGGCCCAAUUGAAGGAAAUUUGAGAUCUCUGAAUUUAAAUAUUUCAAAUAAUUUUGAUAGAUUUAAAAAUUACUUUUUUGCAUAAGGUAUUUAUAAAGUUACUUGGACUUGUCUGAGAUUGUGUGAAUGAAAAUUAAAACUACACUGUAUUUACAUUUAUCUUGAUGGCUUAUUUGUGAGUGCAGUUUUCUCUUGUUCUUGGGACUGUGGCAGCCCUUGAAUAUUUUAUAAAUUACAGCUGAAAUCUGUAUCAUUUAUUAUAACUGGCUUAUGUGACUAGGAUAGGAGAAAAAAUGAAAAGGUUGUUUACUAAGUUUUUUACACCCACUAAAAAGUGUCUAAUGUUAAGAAAACUUUAAAUAAACAUGAUUGAUCGAUAUGGUGGAUGUUUACCAGUCCAUUAUAUGACAUUUAUAAGCCACUGUACUUUAGCCUUAAAAGCGUUCAUGAAAAAAAUUAACUCUGCCAUUGCCAGGUAUAAUUGAUACAAUAAUAAUUUAAGCUAUAAUUUAUUGUUAAAAUGAGUGCCUCUCAGGAAGUUUUUUUUUUCUAUUCUAAUACUUCCCUGUUAAAAUGAAAUUACCUUAAAGCUGUAUUGGGGGCCUGUUUAAUUAUUGACAUCUGAAUGCCCAUUUACUUAUUUACUCUUUUUAUUUUCAAGAAAAUUUUUUGAGUCUCUUUUAUCCUUCUGACUUUAACAUUUAAAAAAAAUCAAUUAUUAGUUUCUCCAAGAGAAAAGGAGGAAAAUGAGAAACAAUCAAGGGUCUUUUUCUCACCUCUUACCUCAUUUCUGACUUGGUAAUGAGAUGGAUUGGGAUGGGAAGAAGAAUUAAUGUAAGUAGUUUUGAAAUAUAAGGAAAAGUGAAAGUUGCAUUGUUUUGCUCAGUUUGAAAAAAAGUUAAUAUAAUUACCAUAAAAAAAUGCCUGUAUGACCUGUGUGGCUAUGGAAUUUUUUCCUAGCAAGUGAUUGCAGGUUACUUAUGUGGGCUAGAAGAUAUUUUGCUAUCAAUAUAAGGAUUUUUUUCCCUUAGCUCAGUCUAGCUUUUCAUUGUAUAAGUCUGAAACAUUACUUGUAUGAAUUGAAUAAACUUCUCUAUAUCAUUGUAGUGUUUAAUAGAGUCUUUGACACAGUUGUUAACACUCAUGGAGGUUUUUUUCCUAAACUAUGAUUACAUUCUAGGCCACAAACAUUAAGGGCAUCAUUUCAGUAUAUAAUCCAAUUUUAACUGCUUGCAUUCCUCCUUGUGCAUCUUGGCUUUGUGUUCAACUUCUUGAAAUAAUAUCACCAACUCUUAAUUGUGCUAAUAGAAGAGUAACACAGGUAAGUCAGAUCCAGGUAAAUGAACAGAACACCACAGAUGGAAGGUUUUUCCUCUUGCUGUGUCCUACUGGAAGCCUUCCCAGCUCCACACUGGUAAAGUGUUCAAGGCAGAAAUGGCAGGAACAACUUAAGAUGGAGAAAAAUCCAAUAGCAUUUCCUUUUUCUGCCCUUGCCCAGUGAACUCUGAAGGUUUGCCCUUACAGCCUAACAGUCUGUUCUGUAAGCUGCCUGAGAGCCAAUCCCUGGCAGAGACACUGAUGUAUACACUGGCUUUAUGGCUCACAGAUAACUGAGAGUUGUUUUGGCUUAAGAAAUAGCUGUAACUUGAAAACAGAAUGUCUAGUGUUAGCUAGAUACCUGGAAAUCUGGAUUCUUAUUUCUAGUCCUUCAUUUCUGUCACAUACACUUAAUUGAUAUUACUUCUAGGAUAUUAGCCUUUUCUUAUAUGGACCAUCUACUUAAUUAGUAAUAAAACUUCUUAUCAUAGCUGUCUUGUUUUUUUGCUUAUAAAAAAUUUCUCUGCAUUCCUGAAAAGACAGUGUGCUGCACAUAAAGUAUUCUUGUUAGCAAAACUAGUAAUUUAUAUUACUCUAUUUAAUUCCUAAAGUUUCUACAUGUGGCUUUUUUAUUGAGAACACUAUUAAAUCAUUACUUGGCUUUGUAAACAUUCACCUAAACUGUGGCUAAAAUCCUUUAAAAAUAACCUGGAAAAAGAAAAAUAAAGCUCCACAUUUUAAAAUCACCUUUGGCUCCUAAACAUUCCACAAAUGCCAUUAAGACUUUAUUUUGCUUUUGAGUCAUUUGGUGUUCUUUAUGCAAAGUAAUUUCUUUUCUUUUGCUUUUCAUAUGGAAGAAGUUAACAUUGGAAAUGUUUUUAGUAAGAGAUUUUAUCAUGUAUCUAUCCAAACACAAUCCCAUGGUCAGUAAGUCAUAAUUUUGAGUACACUAUUCCAUGUUACUUUUUGUGUCUUUGUAGUAUGUGAUAUGAUAGUGUUUAUGGAAUUAUAGAUAUCUUAAUAUUUUCAAAGGAAUUGUGGAAGUCUAUCACUCUAAAUGAAAGCCUGUCACUCUAAAUGAAUAUUGUGCUAAAAUUUGACUAGCUCAGCUUAAGACACAACACAGCAACUUGAAGAAGGAAAAUUGAAGAGUUUACAGUUAAUGGAUUAAAUUUUUGUUGCAACAGUAGUUUUAGUCUUAACAUUAUAAUAUUUCUAAAUGAAAAAUCAUAAAGUAUUUGUUACCAUGUCUGAUGAUUACUUUGUUAAAAGCAGAAGUGGUCAUGUGAUGUACCAAAUGUCAGUUGUUCUUUUUAAAUGUUAAUCAUGCCAAACAAAUCAUGUCUGUGCCAUCCAGGGUUUAUUGUUGAUCUUUUACUGAGUACUUGGAUUGGGAUAAAGGGCUUGUACUAUGCACUUUUUAUUAAUGAAAUAAAUAGAAAACAUUAGUAACA